GAAACUCCAUCAAAAAAAAUUAUGAGAGGGAGCUAUAACUUGUCACAUUUAUACCAGCCAUAACCGUUUGAGGCUGAAGAAAAAUUAAUCUCAUGGCGAUCGAAACAGGGCGAGCCAUUGAGCUGAAAGAAAAAGUCCCAGAAGAGUUCAUUAGGUCACAGCAUGAACAACCUGGGCUCACCACCGUUCAUGGAAUGGCUCUUGAGGUCCCCGUCAUCGAUUUGAACCACCCUGAUGAGGAAAAAGCCCUGAAUCUGAUCGUUGAUGCGAGCCAGAAAUGGGGGAUGUUCCAAAUUGUGAAUCAUGGCAUUCCUUGUGAGGUUUUAAGCAAAUUACAGCAAGUUGGGAAGGAGUUUUUUGAGCUUCCACAGGAAGAGAAGGAGGUAUAUGCUAAACCUCCCGAGUCUAAAGGCAUUGAAGGCUAUGGAACAAAGCUUCAAAAAGAAUUAGAAGGGAAGAAAACUUGGAACGAUCAUUUGUUUCAUAAGAUUUCUCCCCCAUCGGCUAUUAAUUACCAAUAUUGGCCUAAAAAUCCUCCUUCAUACAGGGAGGCGACGGAAGAAUAUACGAAGUGGCUCCAUGGGGUGGCGGACAAGCUAUUAAAGAGCUUGUCACUAGGAUUAGGGCUUGGAGAAGAUGAGGUGAGGAAGGCUCUGGGGGGCGAAAACCUUAUUUAUCUUCUGAAGAUAAACCAUUACCCGCCCUGUCCUCAGCCGGAGCUUGCUCUUGGUCUGGCGGAGCACACGGACAUGAGCGCCAUCACUAUUCUUUUACCAAAUGAAGUUCAGGGCCUCCAGGCCUGCAGGGAUGGCCACUGGUACAACGUCAACUACGUUACUAAUUCGCUUGUCAUUCACAUUGGCGAUCAAAUGGAGAUUUUGAGCAAUGGGAAGUACAGGAGUGUGCUCCACAGAGUGACAGUAAAUAAGGAGAAGACAAGAUUGUCAUGGCCAGUGUUCUUAGAGCCACCAGUCGACCUGGAGGUAGGGCCUCAUCCGAAGCUCGUAAAUGAACAGAAUCCUGCCAAAUUCAAGACCAAAAAAUUUAGUGACUAUGCUUAUUGUAAACUCAACAAGGUUCCCCAGUAAGUCUAUUUGCAGCUGUCGGGGGGCCUCUAGUCUUAUUAAUAACAGCUUAUUUACUACUCUUUUAGUGAUAAUGUUAAGUUGGUCAAUAAACCGUAGAGAUAUGAAAGAUCAAUUGUUGAUUU